UUCGCCCGUGCAGUAGGUGGCGGAAGUGCGGUGCAGGCCGCUUCCGUUUUGGCUGCGCUUGUCCUUGCUAAGGAGAGCCAUGGGCUACUGGGACAUUCCAGAGGGCACCGACUGCGUGCAAAAAACAUGGAUAACAACCAAGCUGGCCACCACUUUGGGUCUGGUGGGCUCGGCCUAUCACAUCGUAGCCUUCCAGCCUGACACUGCCCUGGAAGCGGUGCAGCGGGCCGGAAACGUCACAGUUACCAUGGCGACGAUGGGCGCCAUCUUCGGCAUGGCGACGUGUCUCACCGCUCAGGCUCGCGAGGCUCCGGACGAUCCCGUCAACUACUUUGUGGGCGGAUGCGCUUCGGGCGUCUUCCUGGGCGCCAGAACUCACAGCGCGGCGACGGGCACGUCGGCGUGUUUGGCCCUGGGGACGUUGGCCUACUUCGGCAAAGUGUCCAAUUUGGAGGGCUGGCGACUGAUGGGACCUCCCAAACUGUGACGCCCCCCCCCCGCCCCCCCAACUUUGUAAAUGAACGUGCGUGCGUGAUGAAAUAAUAAAAGCUGUGUUGUGUCAAAGCACCCCCCCACCCCCGCGUCGUUGCGUU